AUGUCAGCUUCAGUGAAUUUUAAAAAGUCGCCAAGCCUGAAUUAUCGGCAAGGUGUGCAGCCAAAGCUCCUCUUUCCCACCGACAGUCAACAUCCACAGAAGCCGCCGCCUCCACAACCGCCGACUUCCUUCUUGCGUCAUCCUGACGACGUCCUCGCACCUCCACAGCAGUCGCCAUCAGGAUGCCAGUGGUUGACCCCCUCCACUUCCUCACCUGCCCUCCGCUCCUUCCAACACCAGCCAGUUUCCUCGUCAGUCUUCCACCAUCCGCCAGCUAGAACUGCCUUUCAACUGCAUCCGGAAUGCUUCGGACAGCUUCCGCCACCCAUUGGCUUGUCUCACGCGGCGGCUGCUGCAGCUGCAUACAUGUGCAACUAUUCACCGGUGGAUCCAGCCGCUCGUUUCUAUGUCAACGGAAACUUAACCCAAGCAAUUGAAGGCUGGCCAACAGCUUAUCAGCCGACGCUAACUGCCCAGGCCGGUCCACAUCCAGGCUACAACUUCCAUCCACACGACCUAGCUCUCAGCUCAGGCGAUCCCGGGGUGCUACAACGUCCCUCCGAAUUGGACUUCGCGAAGGCCCGAAGGGGCUCUGCUCCAACACAUCCCGUAGCAGCUCAAGCGUCGCCGGCCAAGCCAAAGUUCAUUCUUCCACCGUCCAGACCGCCAGUCGCAGUAGCCUCGGGUUCCCCGCCACCCCUACCACCGAGGUCGUCGCGCCAAUCCCAGCAGUCGCGCGGACCCACGAUGACGUCACCUGGCAUGAGUCAGCACAGCAAACAAACCGAGCCUUGGAACAACUGGGGCGGCGGCGGCGGCUCAACCAGUGUCGCUGCCGCGCCUGUCGCCCAAACUGCUCCGGGUCCUGGAAAAAUCCAGAAGUUCACCACGUCGUCCAGCGUCCACAGACCUUCGGCCCUAAUGCCUGGCGCUGAGGAGUCUUCGAGCAGCCACUGCCUCAAGCCCCCCUCGUCUAACCCCUCGAAGGAGACCACCCCGAUCGAUACCGGAUUCAGAAAGACCAAGUCGCCUUCUCCGUGUCUCCUGUCUGGGUCUCAUUCUAAGGCGGGCACCCCUUGUCGACCCAGGCAGGCGGUUUCCAAUGAACGCCAGAUGUCGCCGAGCGAGGAGGUCUUCAGGCAGAAUAUGCACAAGCUGAGCACAGCGGUGACGGCUUCGACGACGUCAACGCCAGUUGAGCCGAGGCCCUCGCACCAACACGUAACCCCGAGCAACCACGAGAGCGCCACAGUCGACAGCUCGUCUUCGUCCUCAGCAAGCCACCACGAAAGCGACGACAACUCGGACACCGAGUCGACGAGUUCGCGUCGAUCCGCAUCGUCGCGGUCGUCCAGCUUCUGCUCCGACUGCGCGAACAACGAAAAAGACGAGGCCAAACCCGCUGACUACGUUCCCUUCGUGAAGGCCGUCAAUCCGGCUGUGUAUCGACGCUUCAUUGAGCAGAAGUACUUCUCCAAUGUGGGUCGAGUUCACAAGGAGCGGGAGGAGAGGCAGGCACGCUUGGAGGCAGAGAUGGCCUUGAUGGGUUUGAGCGAGGCCUCCCGUGCCCACAUGCGGAAAAUGCUCCAAGCGAAGGAAUCGAACUACAUGCGAAUGCAGCGCGCUCGAAUGGAUGAGAGCAUGUUCCUUCGAAUUAAGCGCCUAGGCGUAGGCGCGUUCGGGUGGGUGUGGCUGGUUCGAAAGAAGGAGAAUCGUCAGCUGUACGCGAUGAAGAUCCUCAAGAAGCGGGACGUUGUGCGUCGAAGGCAGCUCGCCCACGUCCAGGCAGAACGCGACAUUCUCGCCGAGGCAGACAGCCACUGGGUGGUCAAACUCUUCUUCUCCUUCCAAGACACGCACGCACUCUACUUGGUGAUGGAGUAUAUUCCUGGCGGCGACAUGAUGUCUCUGUUAAUUAAAAAGGAAGUCUUCGAGGAGCCAUUGGCGAGGUUCUACAUCGCGGAACUGACGUUGGCUCUGGAGAGUGUUCACGCACUGGGCUUUAUCCAUCGGGACAUCAAACCGGACAAUAUUCUUAUCAAUCGUGACGGCCACAUCAAGCUGACAGAUUUCGGCCUUUGCACGAGCUUCCGUUGGACGCACAGCAGCAAGUACUGGGACCCGGUGUUCGCGAUUCCCCAGCCUGGCCAGGAGAAAACCACGCCUGAGGGUGAGGAGGCACUAACUAAACCGACAGACGACCCGGAGCGGGCUGAACUUGGCGACCAGGCGUGGCCCAUGCACGACCAGACCCUGGAGAGACGCAUUCGCAGCUCCUCCAAUCGACGCUGCGCCAAGUCCCUCGUCGGAACACCCAACUACAUCGCUCCGGAAAUACUUCGUCGACAGGAAUACAACCGAGCGUGUGAUUGGUGGUCAGUGGGGGUCAUUCUCUACGAGAUGCUCGUUGGUCGGCCACCCUUCGUUGCUCAGACCGCGUUGGACACGCAGCUACGCGUGAUCCAGUGGCAACGACACCUGCGCAUUCCCGGGGAGCCGCGACUGGCAGCGGACGCUGCAGACCUCAUUCGACGCCUUCUCUGCGACCCGGAGGAUCGUCUGGCGGAUCCCUGGUUGAUGAAGAAGCACGCCUUCUUCGCCGCCGUGGACUGGGACAAGCUGCCCAGUCAGACGCCUCCGUACGUGCCGACAGUAAGUAUUUUGAACGAACUAGACACGUCCAACUUCGAUGCAGUGGAGGAGGAGGUUAGCGGUGACGACCAGACCAGCUCGCAGAUCAGCGGAGGUGGAACCUUCGGUCUGACAAGUGCUCCCCACGCCUUCCCCGACUUCACGUUCAAGCGGUUUUUCGACCAGGAGAACAACCCUGCCUCCAACGAUCGCAGCGACCUCCUACUCACAACCCUCUAG